GUCGUCGACGUCACGUUGGAGUCGAUUCCUGAUAAUGUGAUCAAACUGCUCACUGACGACCCUCAUUCGAAGCACGCUGUGCCAUCGGACCUGUCAUUGAUUAUGGAUCCAGCUUUGAUUGAAAGAAUGUUUCCUUUCCAGAGAAAAGGCGUGGCGUUUGGUAUCCAAAAAGGCGGACGUAUUCUGCUUGCAGGAUGA